AUGGCUAGAAAGCUUAUCCCCAAGGAAGACCGCAAGAAGAUCCACGAGUACCUCUUCCGCGAGGGUGUGCUCGUGGCCAAGAAGGACUUCAACCUUCCCAAGCAUGGCGAUAUUGACACCAAGAACCUCUUUGUGAUCAAGGCUUGCCAGUCCCUUAACUCCCGCGGCUACGUCAAGACCCGCUUCUCGUGGCAGUACUACUACUACACCCUCACCCCCGAGGGUCUUGACUACCUCCGCGAGUGGCUCCACCUCCCCGCCGAGGUUGUCCCCGCCACCCACAUCAAGCAGCAGCGUUCCCACGCUCCCCCUCGUGGCAUGAUGGGCGGUGAGGAGCGUGAGCGUCGCUCUGGCCCCCGCCCUCCCCGUGAGGGUGGCUACCGUCGCCGUGAGCAGGAGGGCAAGGAGGGUGGUGCCCCCGGCGAGUUCGCCCCUAGCUUCCGUGGUGGAUUCGGCCGUGGCCGUGGUGCUCCCUCUUCUUAA